AUGCCGAAGAGAACCAAGCCUCGGUCCACGGAGGUUUCUCUGGAUUAUCUCAACACUGUGAAUGCAAAAUCCAAGAGACGGCGCACGAUUCACGACGAACCUAGGCUCGGUAUUUACGAUUUACCUACCUCACCAGCACGGCCUCAUGAGACGCGAACGGCUGGACGCGUCCCUACCAGCGAACCAGCGACGCGAUUCAGAGCUUUAAGAAAUCGUCAAAUUGCAGUGCAGUCAAAGGCAACUCCUCGCAGCUCUUCAAACGAGGAACAACAGUCAUCCAACGACGCGCAAGCCGAGUCUGACAACAACCAAUCCUCCGAACCAGAAAGUAUAGAUCAAGCUACAGAAUCACAACAAACUCGAGUCGAUGUGGAAAUAAUUCGCGAGAAUGAGGCAAGCGACGGUGGUGAGAGACAGCCUCCUCCACACGCAUCUGUUCAUUCAAGCAUCAAUGAUCUCUUCGUACCCAUGGAAGAUGGAUACCAGCCCGAAUCCAGUGGUUUUGUAUCCAUCAACGACCCACGGCGUGUUAGUUCUGGAAAAUCGCGACCGCGGCCUCGUGCUAGCGACCUGUUCCCAGCCAGGUCGCCCGAGAUAACCGAAGCGCAGAGCGAGCAAGAUGAGAAUAGUUCACCUGCUUCCAUCGACGCCCAUUCCAAUGGAGUCCACAGCGACAUCGACAGCAACGAUGAGGAGUCAGAUUAUCAGAAGCAAAAUCGCAUCGACUCGGAUGAAUCCGACACCAGCGAAGAGAUCAUAAAAGGCCAUGGCAUUGACAAAAUCAGUGUGGCGGAUGCGCAGGACGAUAACCCGCUCUUUUAUCCCAUACACCUCUUCUCGGAUGACGCAGAACCUGAACCUGAGGCUGAGCCCGAUGUGUAUUCCUCCACAGAAAGUCUCAAUCCGAUACCAGCAAUACACCCUGACAAGCAAUCCGCCGAUGAGGUGCAGGUUUCCGCACAAACAAAAGAUUUCCGAAAGCCCACACCGAGAAAUCCUUUGCACAGAACUGAAUCACGGCCCGUGCAAAAUCAAUCCCAGAGCCAGACACCGGAGACUCCAUCUCAGCCCCGUCGAGACCUAAGAGAUCGUACUAGUCGAAAGGAGGAUGCUGCAGACUGUCCAACUACAUCACUUACAGAAAAUAAGUCUUCAAACCGACGGAGCACCCUUGAUGUAGUUGAGGAUCAUGAGGUCCGGGUCGGCAUCUUUUCCUGGCUCGAGUAUAACGUGAAGGAAUCUGGUUUCAAGGAUCAUUGGAAGCUUAUUUGCCGACCAAGGGGCGUCUUGAAACACCGAGCCGAUGUCUCCCUGGAGGAGCGAUUUACAGGCACAGGAAAGCUGAUCCAACGGCUACGCGACCUCUACAAAGCCAUGGCCCAAGAACCCCAUUCCACCCAUUACCCAAUAGACCGUUGUCGACUGAUUGCCAACAGCAUUCUCAAUGAAGGCCAGUCAAUCAUCGUUGAGGAAGCUCCGGCCUACGAACAUGAUGACCUUGGCGGGCACUUGGUGAAUCAGUUUGAAGCGCAUGUUGUGCCCGACUUGAUCAAGCUCCUUGUCGCGGCCUUUCGCACCUACAAGUCUGCAGGAGAUGGCGCAAAACCUCACCUUCGCAUUGCCUUGGAUCUUGUCUGGGCCACAUGCCACCGGAUCUGUACAACGAAAGACCUUGAUGAUCUCCUUGGUCCGUAUAUAUGGGCUACAUCUCGCGAUAUCAUGAAGAGUCUCAAAGCUAUCAAAGAUGCACUGAAUGAUGGUCGAUUGCUUGAAAGACAUUCUAACGCCUACCAAAUUCCCGUCAAGUACAAACACUUUGAAUUGACCGAGGUUCAAAGCAUGAUUACCUGUGACCCAUGGACCCGGGCAGAGAAGCUGGCUCUUCUGGAGGGAAUCAAUGGACUCACCCAUGAUAUAGACACAUUUGUCGAUCUCAAAUGUAACAUGGUAUAUGGAGCUGCGCUUGAAAGACGUACUCUCAAGGAUUUACAGACCAAAGCCCAGCAACUGGGACUCUGA